GCACAUACACACACACACACACUCUUUCUCUCUGUUUCCGCCGGUGUAUACUCCGUCGGCAGCUCGUAUAUUUGGCCGGAGGCUCCGACCUGAGAACAACUCCAGUCGUGGCUCCUCCGUCACCGUCAGGGCAACAGAGCAACAACAACCUUUCUCGAAGAAGAACCGCAUCGUCUAGUUCAUCGUCUUCGCGUCCGUCGCCGUCGGGACCUACACGGAUCAUUUACAGAGAAACGCUCCGGCCGUCGUCUUCGUCGGAAUCGGAUCUUGACUUGCCGGUUUGGCAACGGACUUGGUUCAUCGUACUUCUAUUCGCAAUGGCGUUAUCUUUUUUCGGUCUCGCUAUCGUUCUCUUCCUAACGCUAGAUUCGGAUUACACUUCAUCUUCUGUAUAUGCUGCUAAUUCCGAAGGCGUCGAGAUUACUUAUGGGUCAGUCAUCAAGUUGAUGCAUGAAAAGACAAAGUUCCGACUACACUCACAUGAUGUGCCAUAUGGAUCUGGCAGUGGGCAGCAAUCUGUUACUGGUUUUCCAAAUGUGGAUGAUGCCAAUAGCUACUGGAUUGUUAGACCUAUGCUGGAGACAUCUGUGAAACAGGGAGACAACAUAAAAGGUGGAACUAUCAUUCGAUUGCAACACAUGAAAACUAGAAAAUGGCUCCAUAGCCAUUUGCAUGCUUCACCAAUAUCAGGAAACCUAGAGGUGAGUUGCUUCGGAGAUGAAGGCAAUUCAGAUACCGGAGAUUAUUGGAGAGUUGAGAUCGAGGGAAGUGGGAAAACAUGGAGACAAGAUCAAAGAAUAAGGCUUCGUCAUGUCGACACAAGUGGAUUUCUACACAGCCAUGAUAAGAAAUACAGCCGAAUUGCCGGUGGUCAGCAAGAGGUUUGCGGUGUACGGGAGAAACGGGCCGAUAACGUCUGGUUGGCAGCCGAGGGCAUAUACUUCCCAACGGCCGAAAGCAAAGCAACAAUGUAGUUUUCCACUUUUUACAUUGCUGGUAAUUUGCUUUUAGUAUUCCUUAAAAAUACUUUUUAAGCUAAUCAUGUUAAAGAACAGGAAUUAAGGUAUAGAUUUUCGGGGCUAUAACAUUAUAGAUUGGCAAAAACUCGUUA